UAUCAAGAUUUAUGAGUGAACCUAGCAAACUUCAUUCUGCAGCAGCCAAAAGAAUUUUGCGGUAUCUUCAAGGUACAAAAAAAUUGGGCCUGACGUACAAGAAAGAAGCAGAAAGCAAGCUAACUGGAUAUACCGAUAGUGACUGGGCAGGAUCACUAGAUGAUCAAAAAAGUACAUCGGGGUACAUAUUCUGUCUGGGUUCAAAACCCAUUUCCUGGAGUUCAAAGAAGCAGAAGACUAUGGCAUUAUCUUCAGCGGAAGCAGAAUAUAUCGCAGCUACUGAUGCAGCAUGCGAAGCGGUAUGGCUAAAAAGAUUAAUUUCUGAUUUGCAGCAAAAUGAAAAUGGUCCAACCAUUAUUCAUUGUGACAACAUGUCAGCCAUAGCCAUGACAAAGAAUCCAGUAUUUCACGCAAGAUCGAAGCAUAUCGAGUUGCAUCAUCAUUUCAUCCAAGACCUCGUCAACGAAGGGCUAAUCGUGAUGGAAUUUAUCAACACUGAUGACCAGCCAGCAGAUAUCAUGACAAAGGCGGUCACCCGUGAGAAGUUCGAGAAAUUCAAGCAGGUACUUCAAAUUGCAAAUUAAGAGGUGUUUAUUGGUAAUUUGCAAUUAAAAAUAUAAUAAUAAAUAAACAAAAGUGGAGAGUUCCAAGCUUGGUACAGGAACACCACAUAAUUCAUCCUACCAAAGUUGACGUGAAUAAACUUCACAUGGAGGAGUGCUUUACCAACAAGACAUUGACAAGAAAAACCACCUAAUGCAUUUAUACUAGAGACAUGGCAUGCUUGGGAGCUUCUCAAAUAUCAUCAUGUCUCCAAUCCCAUCUGUGAAAGAAGAAAAAGAAAUCAAGAGUUAAUGCAUGGGCCAAUGGAAUUAAAUUUGUGUUUCCAUCUUCCACAAGUAGCAACGUGGGUGGAGGAAAUAGAUGGCCAUUUGUAUUAAUUGUAGUAUUAGUUUCUCUUUUAAUUGCAAUUAUACAUAUAUAUAUAUGUAAUGAGAAGGGAUGGGUAGAGAAGAGUGUUUCAGAGAGACACAAAACAAAAAGAAAGAAAGAAAGAAAGAAAGGCUUCUACGUCUGUGUAUGUAAAAAGCAAGUGCCAAAAGUGUAAGACCUUGUUUGUUUGAGUGAUUUUUAAAUUGAGUGAUUAAACACCAAUUGUUUCCUUUGUCUUGAUUCAAAAUUACAAUUACUUCCGCAAAUACCCAACAGCAUUUGCAGAGUCACGUAAAUAGAGUAUACCGCCAUAUGAACAGAUUUGGUUUACAAACACACCUACCUUGAUUUUAUUUCUAUUAACAAAACACUAAGUUGUCCGGAGAAGAAAAAUCAGAACAUACUUAGCAUUUCCAAAAGGGUUAAUAUAUUUGUAUGGCCUGAACUUUGCACAUAAUAAACAUUCUAGUCAAUCUUUUCGAUCUAUAACAUCAUGACCCAAACUAUACAUCAAAGUUACGAAAUUGGCCAAACUCGUUGUUUCGAUCUAGUAACUUUGAUGUAUAGUUUGGGGCAGGAUGUUUUUUUUUUAAUAAGGAUGAUAUAGUAUUAAUUAGGAGAGGAAAGGAAAAUACAAAUAGAAGCCCAAGAAGAGGCAACCGAAAACAAACAAUCCCUAGGCAGUCUCCAAGAAAAGCACAGCAAAGACAAACUGCGGAAAGGAUCAACAAAAGGAAACAAAAGGGACAAAGAACAGCAGCAGAGACGCAAAAGCCAGCAUAGAAAAAAAAACAAAAGAAAGAUUGGUCAGAAUG